AGUUUUCUUUGAAAAUUUGCGUAGAACAAGAGGCUGCAGCCGACAUUACCCGUGUCUAUAUAAGACCCUUACUUUUUUCAAUUCCAACAUAGUUCAAAAACCGCACACACACACAAAAGAUCCAUUUCUAACGCAGAGAAAAAGAGAGAGAGAGAGAGAAGGUAUUGACGUAUUGUAUUGCUGACAUGGCAAAGAGCAAAGACAGUUCGCUACUAGACCGGUUGAGACAAGCCGUGAAUAAAGUAAAGUUCGUGUUAAGUUUCAAGAUAAACAGCCUAUGGAGUCUCGUACCGAUGCUUGGCUCUUCCUCUUCUUCCUCGUCUCUUCGGUUAAGUUUCAACGAGAGACCCGGUUUAGCAGCGGCAUAUACAGAGAGUGAACCGGGCUCUUCAAGAGGAGCGUUGUAUAGAACCGGGAGUUACGAUCCAUCCUCGGACGAAGACAUAGACAGCAAAGCUGAGAUGUUCAUAGCUAAUUUCUACAAGCAGCUUAAGAUUGAGAGACAAAUCUCUUUGGAGCUUAAAUAUUGUUUGGGUAAUAAUCAGAGUUUCAACUACAGGUCGCCUUAAAUUUUCUUUUCACUUUUAUUCAUUCGUUCAUAUUUGUUGUAAUAAAUAAGAUCCUAUAAAUUUCAUUGGGUCAGAGGGGGAGAGGCCUGCUAUAUCUUUUUGUAGUGGUUGGCUUAUCCCAUUGUUAUUAGUGUCACAUUUGUUCAUUUACAUUUUAUAAUGAUCUCAUGAGAGGAAAAUGUGAUAAUAUGUAAUUUCAUUUCAUC